CCCCGCGUGACCAGUGACUUCCGGAGUGGAGGGGCGGGGUAGAGCGCGCGGCUGAGCCAGCAGCCGAAGCAGUGAGGGAGGGCAGAGGCCUGGUGGCUGGCUGGCACCAGCCGCCAUGGAGGCCGUUCCCCGCAUGCCCAUGAUCUGGCUGGACCUGAAGGAGGCUGGUGACUUCCACUUCCAGCCCGCCGUGAAGAAGUUUGUCCUGAAGAAUUAUGGAGAGAACCCAGAAGCCUACAAUGAGGAACUGAAGAAGCUGGAGUUGCUCAGACAGAAUGCCGUCCGUGUUCCACGGGACUUUGAGGGCUGCAGCGUCCUCCGCAAGUACCUAGGCCAGCUCCACUAUCUGCAGAGUCGGGUCCCCAUGGGCUUGGGCCAAGAGGCUGCUGUUCCUGUCACCUGGACAGAGAUCUUCUCAGGCAAGUCUGUGGCCCACGAGGACAUCAAGUACGAGCAGGCCUGCAUUCUCUACAACCUUGGGGCGCUGCACUCCAUGCUGGGGGCCAUGGACAAGCGGGUGUCUGAGGAGGGCAUGAAGGUCUCCUGCACCCACUUCCAGUGUGCAGCCGGCGCCUUUGCCUACCUGCGUGAGCACUUCUCCCAGGCCUACAGUGUUGACAUGAGCCGCCAGAUCCUCACGCUCAAUGUCAACCUCAUGCUGGGCCAGGCUCAGGAGUGCCUCCUGGAGAAGUCGAUGUUGGACAACAGGAAGAGCUUUCUGGUGGCUCGUAUCAGUGCCCAGGUUGUAGAUUACUACAAGGAGGCAUGCCGUGCGUUGGAGAACCCCGACACCGCUUCACUGUUGGGCCGGAUCCAGAAGGACUGGAAGAAGCUCGUGCAGAUGAAGAUCUACUACUUUGCAGCCGUGGCUCAUCUACACAUGGGGAAGCAGGCAGAGGAGCAGCAGAAGUUUGGGGAGCAGGUUGCAUACUUCCAGAGUGCCCUGGACAAGCUCAAUGAAGCCAUCAAGUUGGCCAAGGGUCAGCCUGACACUGUGCAAGAUGCGCUUCGCUUUGCUAUGGAUGUCAUUGGGGGAAAGUACAAUUCUGCCAAGAAGGACAACGACUUCAUCUACCAUGAGGCAGUCCCAGCACUGGACACCCUUCAACCUGUAAAAGGAGCCCCUUUGGUGAAGCCCUUGCCAGUGAACCCCACAGACCCUGCUGUCACGGGCCCUGACAUCUUCGCCAAACUGGUACCCAUGGCUGCCCAUGAGGCCUCAUCACUGUACAGUGAGGAAAAGGCUAAGCUGCUUCGAGAAGUGAUGGCCAAGAUUGAGGACAAGAAUGAGGUCCUGGACCAGUUCAUGGAUUCCAUGCAGCUGGAUCCUGAGACAGUGGAUAACCUUGAUGUGUACAGUCACAUCCCGCCACAGCUCAUGGAGAAGUGUGCAGCUCUCAGUGUCCGGCCCGACACUGUCAGGAACCUUGUCCAAUCCAUGCAAGUGCUGUCAGGCGUGUUCACAGAUGUGGAGGCCUCCCUGAAAGACAUCAGGGACCUACUGGAGGAAGAUGAGCUGCUAGAGCAGAAGUUCCAGGAGGCAGUGGGCCAGGCUGGGGCCAGCCCAGCAGCCCCCAAGGCUGAGCUGGCAGAGGUGAGGCGAGAAUGGGCCAAAUACAUGGAGGUCCACGAGAAGGCCUCCUUCACCAACAGUGAGCUGCACCGCGCCAUGAAUCUGCACGUUGGCAACCUGCGUCUGCUUAGCGGGCCUCUGGACCAGGUCCGGGCUGCCCUGCCCACACCAGCCCUCACCCCAGAGGACAAGGCUGUGCUGCAGAACCUGAAACGCAUCCUGGCCAAGGUGCAGGAGAUGCGGGACCAGCGCGUGUCCCUGGAGCAGCAGCUGCGUGAGCUCAUCCAGAAGGAUGACAUCACUGCCUCGCUGGUCACCACAGACCACUCAGAGAUAAAGAAGCUAUUUGAGGAGCAGCUGAAGAAGUACGACCAGUUGAAGGUGUACCUGGAGCAGAACCUGGCUGCCCAGGACAAUGUCCUCCGAGCGCUGACAGAGGCCAAUGUGCAGUAUGCAGCUGUGCGGCGGGUGCUCAGCGAACUGGACCACAAGUGGAACUCUACACUGCAGACCCUGGUGGCCUCCUAUGAAGCCUACGAGGACCUGAUGAAGAAGUCCCAGGAGGGCAAAGACUUCUACGCAGACCUAGAGAGCAAGGUGGCUGCUCUCCUGGAACGAGCCCAGUCCGCCUGCCAGGCCCGUGAGGCUGUCCGCCAGCAGCUCCUGGACAGGGAGCUGAAGAAGAAGCCGCCACCUCGGCCCACAGCCCCAAAGCCACUGCUGCCCCGCAGGGAGGAGGCUGAGGCAGUGGAGACAGAUCUGCCUGAGGAGCUGCGCAGCCUGCCCCCUGACUUGAUGGCCGGCCCACGGCCACCUGACACCUUCCUGGGAACAGCUGCCCAGUUCCACUUUCCUCCCAGCCCCUUCUCCAGCUCCACAGGCCCAGGACCCCACUAUCUUUCAAGCCCUUUGCCCCCUGGUACCUACUCAGGCCCUACCCCACUGUUGCAUCCCAGGCCUCCCCAGGCCCCAGGGCACCCUGCAAUGGCCGUGGCUCCUGGGCCUGCCCUCUAUCCCAUCCCUGCCUACACUCCAGAGCUGGGCCUUGCGCCCCGAUCCUCCCCCCAGCAUGGUGUGGUGAGCAGUCCCUACGGAGGGGUAGGGCCACCCCCACCAGUUACAGGUCUGCCCUCAGCCCCACCUCCCCAGUUCUCAGGCCCUGAGUUGGCCAUUGGGGUCCGGCCAGCCACCACCACAGUAGAUAGUGUCCAGGCUCCCAUUCCCAGCCAUAUGGCACCAAGGCCAAAUCCUGCCCCUGCCCAGCCCUGCUUCCCAAUGCCCCCACCACAGCCAUUGGGCACGCCCUACACCUACCCUAUGGAGGCCAAGCAACCCCUCACAGCACCCCCAGCCCAGCACCGCUUUCCUCCCAGGAUCCCCACAGGUUUUCUAGCCCCAAAGGUCGGACCCCAGCGCCAUCCCUCACAAGCGGCAUUUGGACCACAGCCCCCUCAGCAGCCCCUUCCACUCCAGCAUCCACACCUCUUCCCCCGCCAGGCCCCAGGGCCCCAUCCCCCCCAGCCCCCCUUUCCCUUUGCCCCUCAGCCUAGUGUCCUUGGGCAGCUGCCACCCACCCUGCACACCCAGCUCUACCCAGGCCCUGCUCAAGACCCUCUGCCCCCCCACUCAGGGGCUCUGCCUUUCCCCAGUCCUGGGCCCCCCCAACCUCCCCAUCCCACCUUGGCAUAUGGCCCUGCCCCAUCCCCCAGGCCCCUGGGCCCCCAAGUAGCCACUAUCUCCAUUCGAGGCCCUCCACCUGUCAGCCAGCCAGCCCCCAGUCCCCACCUGGUGCCUUCACCUGCCCCAUCGCCAGGGCCUGGCCCUGUAACCCCUCGGCCCCCUGCAGCAGAGCCGCCCCCAUGCCUGCGCCGAGGCUCUGCGGCUGCAGACCUGCUCUCUUCCAGCCCUGAGAGCCAGCAUGGUGGCUCCCAGCCUCCAGGGGGUGGGCAGCCCCUGCUACAGCCCACCAAGGUGGACGCAGCAGAGGGCCGUCGGCCCCAGGCCCUGCGACUGAUCGAGCGGGACCCCUACGAGCAUCCUGAGAGGCUUCAGCAGUUGCAGCAGGAGCUGGAGGCUUUUCGGGGCCAGCUGGGGGAUGCGGGGGCUCUGGACACCGUCUGGCGGGAGCUGCAAGAUGCACAGGAACAUGAUGCCCGCGGCCGUUCCAUUGCCAUUGCCCGCUGCUACUCACUGAAGAACCGCCACCAGGACGUCAUGCCCUACGACAGUAACCGGGUGGUGCUGCGCUCGGGCAAGGACGACUACAUCAAUGCCAGCUGCGUGGAGGGGCUCUCGCCAUACUGCCCGCCCUUGGUGGCCACCCAGGCCCCACUGCCUGGCACAGCUGCCGACUUCUGGCUCAUGGUGCAUGAGCAAAAAGUGUCCGUCAUUGUCAUGCUGGUGUCUGAGGCUGAGAUGGAGAAGCAAAAGGUGACCCGCUACUUCCCCACGGAGAGGGGUCAGUCCAUGGUGCAUGGGGCCCUGAGCUUGGCCCUGAGCAGUGUCCGUACCACCGAAACCCACGUAGAGCGCGUGCUGAGCCUGCAGUUCCGGGACCAGAGCCUCAAACGCUCCCUUGUGCACCUCCACUUCCCCACCUGGCCUGAGUUAGGCCUACCUGACAGCCCCAGCAACCUGCUGCACUUCAUCCAGGAGGUGCAUGCACAUUACCUGCACCAACGACCCCUGCACACGCCCAUCGUUGUGCACUGCAGCUCCGGUGUGGGCCGCACAGGAGCCUUUGCCCUGCUCUAUGCGGCUGUGCAGGAGGUGGAGGCCGGGAACGGGAUCCCGGAGCUGCCUCAGCUGGUGCGGCGCAUGCGGCAGCAGAGGAAACACAUGCUGCAGGAGAAGCUGCACCUGAGGUUCUGCCACGAGGCGGUGGUGAGACACGUGGAGCAGGUCCUACAGCGCCAUGGCCUGCCCCCUCCUUGCAAGCCCUUGGCCAGCACAGGCAUCAUCCAGAAGAAUCACCUGCCUCAGGAUUCCCAGGACCUGGUCCUCGGUGGAGACGUGCCCAUCAGCUCUAUCCAGGCCACCAUUGCUAAGCUUAGCAUCCGGCCUGCUGGAGGCUUGGAGUCCCUGGCUGCUAGUUUGCCAGGCCCUGCAGAGCCCCCCGGCCUGCCUCUGGCCAGCCUCACAGAGUCCACCCAGCUCCCUCCCUCCUCCCCACCCCCUCCCUCCUCACCCCUGCCUGAGGCCUCCCAGCCUGAGGAGGAGCUGCCGGUGCCUGAAGCCCCCAGCCCAGGGCCCCCCUCGUCCUCCCUGGAGCUGCUGGCCUCCUUGACGCCCGAGGCCUUCACCCUGGACAGCUCCUUGCGGGGAAAGCAGCGGAUGAGCAAGCAGAACUUUCUGCAGGCCCAUAACGGGCAAGGUCUUCGGGCUGCCCGGCCUGCUGAUGAUCCCCUCAGCCUUCUGGAUCCGCUCUGGACGCUCAACAAGACGUGAACAGUUUUUCUCUGCCUGGUCCUUACACUACAUCCUCUCCAGUGCCUACCUGCCUGUGUCCAGCAGGGGCCCACAGGUGGGCACGGCUCCUGCCCCCAUUCCUGCUGCCUUCAGCCCUGGCCUGGCCCAGCCCACACCUCUCUAGGGUAGAGGUGCAUCAUGGGCUAGGUUCUGCCCCCUUUGUGGGACCUGACAUUUUUUCAGCUCUUUGAAAGAAUAAACGAACCUGUUCUGUGGCCCGU